CUAUAGUUUCUAUUGGUUUUUCUGGUCGUCCAUUUUUUCUAUUUUUAUUCCUAUAGUAGUUUAGAUUCUUCAACCGAUCAAGCAUCUACACGGACUGGAUCAAGUUCUGAUACUGAAAUUCUGCUCCCACAACCUUGAUGCUGGCAAAAUUGUCCCAAUGGACAGAUGCCAUAAGAACCAAAAACUGAACUGAACUGAACUGUCAUUCUCUUUUUCUGAAAUUUAAUAUUUUCAUGUUUUCACAUUGUUCUCAUUUCAUUCAUUCCAUUAUUUCUAUUGUCAUUUCAUCUCAAUAUUCUCAUCUCAUGGGGAGGAAGGAGGAAAUCUACUUGCAUCGAGGAAACUUUUAUUAUAGGUACCACAGAAACUAUUGUGUAGAAGUAAAGAAGGAAAAUCUCUUAUGGUAGUAGAACUAGAACAGUUUGUAAGUGUCCAGCUGUAAAUAAAAUAGUUCGAAAUCUCUCCGGUGGCGCUAGGCUAGCACAAAGCCGCCGCUAUUAGGAUAUAAUUUGUUAAAAUAAACAUGGGAAAAGUUUGCGUUGUACACAGUUGCCAAAGUGGGCGUAAGGUGGAAAAUGUUACGAAGUCCGUGUCAUUUUUCCGACCAACGACUCCGGCACGGUUAGAAAAUUGGAAAAAGUCAUUAGGAAUUGCAUUAAAAGCAAGUGAUUAUAUUUGUCAUCUUCAUUUUAAAGAAGAAAAUAUAUAUAUGUACGACAAGUUGAAUAUUAAAGGAGAGCUCAAAUAUAUUCCUACGCAAAGAAAAAUGCUUAAGGAAGAAGCUUUGCCCACAAUUGAGCAUCAGUUUAUUCCCAUUCCCGAACAUGAAAUCCGAGGUAAUAUUAUUCAUGUAAAAGAAUCUUCCCAAACAUACCCAAAUCAACGUAAGGAGAAGCAAAAACAAGGAGAGCAGCAGGAAUUAUCAGAGGACCAUAAAUCUAAUAAUUUAAUAGAUUAUGAAAUGAUACAUGUCUUUGCGGAACCAUUGUUGAGUCAAUAUCAGGAUACUGAUGUAACAAUAAACCCAAUAGAGAUUUUUAAAAGUAAGUUUCAGGCAUUUUCAUUGUUGCCGCCUUUUUGGAUACAUGCAGAAAAUCCAAAUGGGCUGGAAUUUAUGCGAAUGGAUCCAACGACUAAGCAGAUGAAACAUCACAUACGUUUAAACGAUGAUCUGUCAAUCACUGUAAUUUUUCCUAAUAAAGAAGAAUUGCAACUAAAGGAGAAAAUUAAUUCAUAUGACGACACCUACAAUUACUUAAAAUCUGUUGAAAGAUGGCCUUUUUGCGUUGGCACUCAGAUUGAAGGCAAUAAAUUUUGUAAAGGUGUGAUUGUUGGUGAUGAUACUUACGAAAGAAAUCAACGGUACCCAAGAUGUAAAUCUUGUCGAAUAUUAAGAAAUCGUUUACAGAACCGUAAUUCCACUUUAACUCUUUUACAAAGAAUGUCAGAAGCGAAACGCGCAAAUCUAGUACAAAAACGCAAGUGUCUGAAGAGGAUGAUGGUAUCACCGCCACAAAACCGGAAAAACGAUUUAAGAUUGUUAAGAAAAAAUAUUGAAAAAUAUCAAAAGUUGUUGAAAAUGAGUGAGCCUGGAAGGAAAAAGCGGCGUUGCAUUUUUGGCUGUGCGGAUUUAGGUGCUCCCAUGCACAAUUUUCCUCAUCCAAGAAGAAAACCUGAAUUAUAUUCAACUUGGUUAUCAAUUGUUGGCGACAGGGUAAAAGAGACAGACCCACUGAAGAUUUAUAAGAAUAAGCAUAUUUGUGACCAUCACUUUACACCAGACCAAAAAGCGGCCUGCCAUCGAAUAAUAUAUGAGGCCGUACCGUCUGUGAAUUUCGAAGCUGUAUCUCCAUCUUCUUGCAUUCUGGAAAUAGAGCACAAUUACUGUAUACCAACUUUUUUUCAACAAAAUCGGUCAAAUCACAAAGAGCUUGACCAGAAGUCCGAAAACAUUUUCUCGUGGCAGACAGAAGAGUUGAUAAAAGCAGAUUCAGAUGCUUCUGAUGACCCGACGACGCCGUUGCCAGGGAAACCAAAGUUACCUGACGACGUCGUGACGCUGUCCUUGUUCUGUGACGACGACGCGCCCAUACAAUCCGAGUCCAGUGCACCAGUUGUUCCUGAAGAUGUCGAACUCCGGUGUAAGGAUUGUGCAGCAAGCAUUGAAGGGUACUCGUUCUGGUGCGUGCAGUGCACGUGCGGCGCGCUGUGCGGCGCGUGCGCAGCGAGCGCGACGCACGACCGGCACUAUGUGUUACGCGCGCCCAGGGGCGCCACGCAGAACCAAACGCAGGCAGUGCUGGCAGUUAUACGACAGCAAUUGCUGAAGGAAAACAUGCUAACACUCUACGAGACUUAUGAAGAUGGUGUGAAAGUAAAAGAGGAGCCGGCGGAGCCCGCAACAGCGUCCGCGCCCGCCGCGGCGCCCGACCCGCUCUCUGUGAGGCCCCACACCGACCCGCUGGACUUGGGGCUCCACCCCGACCUUGUCAGCAUGGGGCCCACCCCCGACCCGCUCAACUCGGGGCUUCACCCCGACCCGCUCAACGUGGGGCCCCACCCCGACCCGCUCACCGUGGGGUCCGUGGAGCCCUACUCCGCCCCGCGAAUCAUAAAACUUUACGAGGUCACAGUAAACGAGUGUUUCGGCGAGGGAACAGUCGACCAUCCUUACAAGCGUCCCCGACUCAUGGACUACCGAACGGCCUACAAACCAAAUUCCACAGUCAAUACAAAAGAUGGCGAUGUCCCACAGCAACUCCUCUUAAAUUUCACACCUAAUAUACGAAGAGGAUCGCAAACAGUCCAGACACUCACACCCAGCGAUCUCAGAUCACAAGAUACCAUACAGACCACUACAUGCAACAUCAAAGGGUCGCAAGAUGCUCUGGCAUCUAAUAGCAAUCUCAGAAGAACACAACAACCCCUACAGGUCCCAUCUAUUGUUUUAAGAGGAUCGCAAACGGUUCAUGCACUCGCUACUGGCGAUCUUAGAUCACAAUACAUACUGCCUACUUCUAGCAAACCCCACGAUAUAUUACAGAUUCCUAACCAUCUCAAAAGAUCUCAGUCUCCUAAAUGUGAUUUCCAGCGGUCCCAUUCCAGCGUGUGUGAAGAUUCAAUCAGAGAUGAUAUAGAAAGUGAAGUAGACGACAGUGCUUUAGAUGAAGAUUAUAGAGUAGAAGAGGGCCGGAUAGAUAAAGAGUCAAUAGACAUGACAGAUGAAGGAGAUAUUGCUGUAGGCGUUGGCAGGAGGACGAGAAAAGCGACUACUAUCAAAGGUCCAAGUGAAGUGAUGCUUCGAACGCUAACCUCAGAAGAGUCAGAAGCCACGGUGAAGCUGCAGCCCCUUACCUCAUCAGAUAUGAGGAAGUGGAUCCAACAGGAAGACAAGGAAAAAAUACUGAAAUAAAAAUUAGGAAUUUUAA